AUGGCAACUCGUCGCUCCCACACCAAGUCGCGCACCGGCUGCCGAGACUGCAAGCGGAGGAAAGUCAAGGUGAGAAACCGAGUGCCACCCGCCGUCCUCCGCUUGCGCGCGCCGAACACGCGGGUGGAGGGAUCGGGGGUCCGCGUUCGCUGGUCUGACGGCACUCUACCCACACUUCUCUUUCCCCCGGCCCGGUGCGGCGUGGAAGAACUCUCACUGACGGACCGCGUGCACGGCAUCACGUGCAGUCUGUCGUCGUCCUCGUCCUCGGGCGACGUGUCAUUCAGCACCACUCCUCAACGCUCGUCUAACACGCCGUCGGCUAGCGGUCAGAGCCCGGAAGCACCAAAUCAUUUUCUCGAUGUGCUUAUCCAUCGCAGCCGACCCGUCCCGCAAGCGCCGACCAUCGAGCUCUGGGGCCACGGUCUGGAGCUGAUGCACCACUACACCUUACACACCGCCAACACCAUGUCGUUGAAACCCGAGAUGCAGUACGUCUGGCGCGUCGCCAUUCCCGAAAUCGGGUACGAGUGCCCCUUUGUUAUGCACGGCAUCCUCGCCAUCGCCGCAUUGCACAAGGCGUACCUCCUCCCCCCCGAGCGAGACAGGUAUCUCGACCUGGCGACAUCCCAUCAGACCGCCGGCCUCGAGGGCUUUCGUGCCGUGCUGCAAACACUGGACGAUAGCAACUGGGAGUCCGUCUUCUGCUUCGCCUCCAUCACUCUGCUCCACGUUUCCUUCCACCCCGUGCGCAAGAGCACCGAUCACGACGCCGAGCUCUUGCCGGACAUCACGGCUCUCUUCGUCUUCGUGCGGGGCAUAAGGGCCAUCCUCGAGCCUUACCAUGGCGGGCUUGGCCGAACGAGACUCGGCCCCAUGGCCCACGGUAUCUGGGUCAUUGAUCCGGGCGAUCCUCAGUACCAAAACCCAUCUCUCCGCCACUCCCCGCUGCCGAGAGACACCUUUGAUGCCCUGCGCCGCCUCGCCGCGUUCUUUGAGGAAUCACUCCCCGACGGCACGCGCCGCGGGUACGCCACCGCCGUCCGGGAGCUCGAGAAAUCCGUUCGCCUGAUGGCGCACGCUGGGACCCACCUCGAGGUCGGCAUGGCCAUCUUCUGGCCUUACGUGAUCUCAGACGCCGUCAUGGCCGACAUCCAGUCUAUGAACCCCUACGCCAUGGUUCUCCUGUCGCACUUUGCCGUCUUGCUGCGCGCGAUGGAGCCGACGUACUGGUACCUCCGCGGCUGGUCGGCGAGGCUGAUGGCCGCCGUCGACCAGCAGCUGGCAGGGCGCCCGGCGCUUUUAGAGGCGGCGAGGUGGCCCAAGGAACAGAUAUCCGAGCUGUAUGGGCCAUACUGA